UUCAUCCACGCCCUCCUCCCGUCGCCACCCACGGCCUCCUCCACCCGCAAACCGGCGCGACUCCCCGCCGUUUCCUUCCUCCUCCCGCACCCGCCGGCGCCUCCGUCCUCGCGCACCACCCGGCGCCGCCUCCUCCGUCCUCCUCCCUCCUCCCGCCACCACCCCCGCCGCCUCCUUCCUCCUGCCGCGAAGCAGUCCGCCUCAUCCCGGUGCCAGAAGCAGUCCGCCGCCGGCUCGGGCGGUCUCCCCCUGUCGUCGUCGUCCAGAUCUGGAAGACACCGAGGCCCCGCCGCCGGAAGACCCCCACGCCACCUCCUCCCAUCGCCGGCAGCCCGAGACUCCUCCCCCGCACCCCGUGAAGAAAAUGGUGGUGAAGAACUUUUAAUGCUUGCCAGUUACACAACUAAAAGAAAUUCUCAAAUGGAUGCUGCUGCUGCUGAACUAGAGAGUCACAUGUUUGACUGCUCUGGGGAUGGUGCAAGCUGUGAGAAUGAAACUAAUUUCACUGAUUAUGCGAAACAGUCAAAUGAGCUUGGCCAUACAAGAAUGUCGGGUACUGGUGGGGGUGAUGUUCAGCAGAUGCUCGCAGAGCACACCAUUAUCUCUGAAGCAUUUCUUUCUGCAGCAACCUGUUCAUGGUUUGAGAAAGACAAAGCUUUGCUUGCCUCUCUCCUUAGUUCCUUGAAAAGUCUUUGGGCACAACCACAGUGGCAAGCUUGCCUAAAGCAUUUAUGUUGUCAUGGUGAUUUUAGGAGGGCUAUGCUCAAAAUUGUAAAAUUAUUUGAGAAAGAGCUUAAAAACCACAGGGUAGAGACUGAUAUAUUACAUAAACCAGACCAAAUAAGCUAUUCAACUUUAAUUUCCCUUGUUUCAUUGAUCGUUCCUCCACUUCUUAAGCUGAUUCGAUUUGUACAUGCACUAUGGACCAAUGAAGCUGUAUUUAGAUUCCCAGAGGAACUUAUAGAAGCUAGAAAGUUGAAAAAUGUUGAUCAGAUUUUGAGAUUCAAAGGAGAAAUGCUGGAAUUUCUCGAUGUUAGUCUUGAAGAGUUGGAAGAGAAUGAUUUAGCACAAUGGUUACAACUAAUGCGAGAGAGUGGGUACAACCUAUUAGGUUUAUGUGCAACCAUUAAGGGAGCAUUCUCAGAGUUGUUAGACAUUUCAUCAAUCAACGAUGCUAUCAUGGAAAACAUAAGAUCAAUGGAAUUCCGGCAUGUAGCCAAACUUAUCGAUCUUGUCAUUAUUCCAUUCAUCAAGCAUUGCCCUCAUAAUCUAUGGGAAGAAUGGAUGUUGAAGCUCUUACUACCCUUGUUUGACUAUUGUGGAGACAUGCUUCACUACUCAUGGUUCACUCUUCUAAAUAAUGGUCGGGCUGAUGUUCCACAUUACUUUGGUUAUCUUUGUGGAUCAGAAGAAACUGUAAACAAAAUGGAAAAUUACCUACUGCUUGACUUGACUCGUAAAGUCUCCAAGUUGCUUGGGGCCUUAGCCUCGCAAGAACUGAAUCAUGAUGUUUGCCAUGCUGCUCUUCAUUCUGUCCUUGACAAGUGCACACCUUCUACCUCUUUAGUUGGAUAUAUUUUACUCAAUGGUUGCUUUGAAAGCUUAAGCAUGGACGUCUUUGGAUGGUGGGUGGAUGGUGAAGCAGCAAUAGAUUCUGUUCCCUUUUGUCAUGCUUUGGUCCAAGUGGCAGUUGAUAGCAACAAUGAAAAGCUCAGGCGAUUUGUAAAAGAUGAUAUGCUUCGUGCUAUAGUCCACCGCCUAUGUGAUGAUCUUCCAUGUGCAGUUCAAAAGACCAUCAGAAAGUUAUCUCCCCUGAUGAACUUAACCAAGUGCAGGAAGGCCAGCAAGGAUCUUUUCAUUCUGUGUCAAGAGAUUUAUGAAGUUUACAUACAAUGUCAGGAUUUGGAAGGUGAAGACCAGGAUAAUGAUAGCACAGCACAUCGGUUUGAAGAUUGGUUUACAAAUCAAAAGAAAGAUCUCUGUGUAAAGGCAUCCUCUGCUAUUCCUGAUGAAUUUCCAGCUGCAUUGUGGAAUUGGGAGUUUGAAGAGGAAUUUCGAAGGUAUCUUCCUACAUAUCUUGAUGUGCUGCAUGAAGUCGAUGCAAUGGAUGACUGUCUAGAGGGUAAUUGUUUGGACAGCACCAAGAUAUUUGAGAAUCUGAGUCUGGAAUUUCGAUCUAGGCAUGCCAUUAGCAGCUGUACAGAUCACCUUGUGUGGAUGAUAUCAAAUUUGUUACAACGGAAGAUGCCUGCAGCAUACUCAGAGCAACGCUCUGAUCAAAUUUCCAAAUGCAUUUGUAAACUCAUUACAUCGAAGCCUUACAUCAAGCGCUCUGAUGGUUGGAAUAAUGCUAUGAAACGGCUGGAGGAAAACUUUGAGAUAAAUUUGCAUACUAGAUUGAGUGCAGAAGAUGCAGUUGAUAUCUUUUACAUUUCAAUAUUACGUCUCUGGGAACCACAAUUUCAUCCUUUAAUCCGGGAGGGUCAAAAGGAUGUACUUGUAAAGAUAGCUCGACAGUUUGCUUUUGCAAAAGAGAGAGAAAACUAUGAGCCAUUGGAACCCGAUUCAUUAGAUUUUUUGGACCAUUUGCAACUUUAUGCAUCAUUUUACAUCUAUAGAAAGAAGAAAGAAUCUGGGUAUUUUAUGGCAAGAGAACAAGUCAAAUUGCAUGAAGAAUUCGACAGAUUCUUGGAUUCAGGCAAAUUGGACAGUGAUAUUUGUAAGCUCAGUUGUUUACAGGAUGACUUUAUCGAAAAAUUUGCUGAUAAACAGAUUGCGAAAAGUCAAUUUGUGCAAUUGGACAAGAAACUCGUUAUAUUGUCAUUGGAGCAACGAGCUCAGCUCCUGGAUACACAACGUCAAAAAAACGCUUAUGCUGAAUGUUUGAGAAAUAUCCUGACAGAUCAGAAGCUGCAAGAUGGUCUUCAAAGAUUGAUAAGUGAGCUAGAAGUACAAGGUUUCUUUGAUGUGGAUAACAAUUCUAUAGAUUGGGAGAAGGGAUGCUUCUUACCACUUGUUGACAAAUUCGAAGGUUUAGUUUUCAAAGGACAUAGCUUUCCCCAAUACCUUGUCAUUCAAGGAAUUAUGGAUUAUCGGAAAAUGUCACAACAAAGCGACAGUAACUUGAAAGAUUCUUUUGAACAGGCUGUUAAUUGGAGGCAAGAUCUUACACGGAUUUGGAUGGCUACAAGAUACUAUGAAGGCUUAUAUUAUGAUGUACUUAGGAAACCUUUAAAAAAGAUCUUCAUGCAAAACACUGAAGCAUCAAAACUAUAGCUUCAGUUUUUAUGUCAGAAGUACGAAUAUCCAUGCCAGCUAUCAUUUCUGAUAGUGAAGGACGCCGUUGUUUUCAUCAUUCUGAAUGUAAUCCCAUUGUUAAUAAUUUGAGAAAUGUUUCCUUACAUGAUUUACCUAUUGUUGGUUUUAGUACGAUAUAUAAGCACGCGUAUGUGCAAAUAACAUUAAGCUAUCACACACUAACAGAAAGCUUGCUUGAGCCAUGAGUUGCAUGUAAACUUUCUAAGGUUAAGCAGACAUGAAUUAAACUGUUGUGCCCGUCACAAGAAGUCAAGAGCAAAAGAGUUCCGUUUCAGAAAAAAGAAGAAAAAGAAAAGAGCACAAAAGUUUAUCCACUUGCUCAAUCGAAGAUCUUACAAUCAUUCAACCGAACUGAAAUAUGUCGUAACAUGAUUACAUCCUUAAAGGGUAUCAGUAAUCAAGAAUAUUGCUGACCUGAUCAACUGCGAUUGACUGGUGGUGGUGAUGGUGAUGGGUGAUAUAUUUCCAGUGAUAGCAAGAGUGAACUCUAGCAAUCUACUGAAAUUACUUUAGCCAUU